UUCAACUCUCAACCAAUGCAGAUCAUCAACUCCUAAUUAUGGGUCACAGUUCUAGAUUGUUGACACCAAGCGGGUAGUCAAUAUAUAUGCAUGUGAUCCCAAAGCAGGCCAGUACAUCCAGUAGUGAAAACCCAAAAGAAAGAUCAUAUGACGGGCACCUCAACAACUAAACUACUGAGCAUUCUAUGCGCAGCCUUUUCUUGUAUACUGUCUCUUUCUUAUGGGAGAGUAAAUCCCAAUUUUCAAGUUAAAGCGGUAAAUCUUGGAGGUUGGCUGGUUACAGAAGGUUGGAUUAAGCCAUCUCUCUUUGAUGACAUUCCCAACAAAGAUUUCCUGGAUGGAACUGAACUCCAGUUCAAGUCAGUAACAAUUGGGAAGUAUCUCUGCGCAGAGACGGGAGGUGGAACAAUCAUAGUUGUGAAUCGAACAGCGGCCUCGGGCUGGGAAACAUUUAGAUUGUGGAGGAUCAAUGAAACCGCUUUCCAUUUUAGAGUCUUCAACAAACAGUUCAUGGGACUAGACACUGCCGGCAAUGGGAUCGAUAUAGUAGCAGUUUCAAACACCCCUGGUGGAUCCGAAACAUUCCAGAUCGUGAAGAACCCAAAUGAUUCGAAGCGGGUGCGAAUCAAAGCACCUAAUGGGUUCUUCUUACAGGCGAAGACAGAGGAGCUGGUGACAGCUGAUUAUGCAGGAGACGGUGGAUGGGGUGAUGAUGAUCCCACGGUGUUUGUGAUGACCGUCAAUGUAGCCUUGGAAGGCGAGUUUCAAGUCACUAACGGCUAUGGCCCAGACAAAGCUCCUCAAGUCAUGAAGGAGCACUGGAGCACAUUCAUUGUGGAAGAUGACUUCAAGUUCAUAUCAGAAAAUGGAUUGAAUGCAGUGAGGAUUCCUGUUGGAUGGUGGAUAGCAUGUGAUCCAACACCUCCAUCUCCUUUUGUUGGAGGGUCUUUGUACGCCCUUGACAAUGCCUUCACUUGGGCUCGGAAAUAUAAGGUGAAUGUUAUAAUUGAUCUACAUGCAGCACCGGGUUCUCAGAACGGUUGGGAACAUAGUGCUUCCAGAGACGGGUCUCAGGAAUGGGGGAAGACUGACCAGAACAUACAAAAGACCGUGGCCGUUAUAGAAUUCUUAACUGCCAGGUACGCCAACAACCCCAGCCUUUAUGCAGUUGAGCUGAUAAAUGAGCCUCUAUCACCGGGAGCAACUCUAGAAAUGGUUACCAAGUACUACAGGGCCGGUUAUGAAGCUGUGCGGAAGCAUUCUUUGACAGCUUAUGUGGUCAUGUCAAACCGAUUAGGACCAGCUGAUUCGAGGGAGCUCUUUCCUCUCACCAGUGGCUUAAGUAGAGCAGUCAUUGACGUCCAUUACUACAACCUCUUCGAAGAUAUGUUUGACCACAUGACUGUCCAACAGAAUAUUGAUUUCGUCAACACCAACAGAUCAGCACAAUUGGGGCGUGUAACCACUUCCAAUGGGCCUCUCACUUUUGUUGGGGAAUGGGUGGUAGAAUGGAAAGUUGAGGGAGCUACAAAGAAGGACUACCAGAGAUUCGCAAAGGCUCAAUUGAAGGUGUUUGGGCGGGCAACUUUUGGGUGGGCUUACUGGACUCUGAAGAACGUGAAGAACCAUUGGAGCCUAGAGUGGAUGAUCAACAAUGGUUACAUCAAGCUUUAGACUUCAACACCAUUAUCAAUUUACAUUUGCAGUUUUUGUGUUAUUACCAUUGGAAAGAAGAAAAGGGCAUAUCUGCAACAUGCUCAAGGACAAUUAAUGGAGUAUGGACUACUAAACACUGUGACAGACUCAUGAAUAUAAAAUAAUGGUCUCCAUUAAUUUUCAAA